UUCACAUGACUGAUUGAGACAGCAGACGAAAUCGACGUUUUUAGUACUGUUGUGGCGUGACAACACACCAUGCUCAGGCUAUUUGGUGUUUUUCUUAUAUUGUUGCAAACAAAAUUAAGUUUAUCGUCUCCAGAAACCUACUAUUUCACGGACAAAUUCGGUCUUGGUCGAUUUUUUGACGGCAUUGGCGGACUUAGCGCUGGAGCGUCUUCAGUCCUGCUGAAAGGGUACCCAGCACAACAGAGAAAUGAAAUUCUGGACUACAUGUUUAAGCCGAACUUCGGAGCUGCCUUUCAGAUCCUGAAAGUUGAGAUUGGUGGUGAUGCUCAGAGUACAGAUGGGACUGAGUCCACCCACAUGCGGACACCGGACGAGGAGAACUAUGAGAGGGGAUACGAGUGGUGGCUGAUGCUGGAGGCAAAGAAGCGUAACCCCAACAUCAAGCUGUACGGUCUGCCCUGGGGGUGGCCUGGCUGGGUGGGAGGGGACACGGGGAACGUGUACGACAACCCUGAACAGACAGCCAUGUACAUUGUGAAGUGGAUCAUUGGAGCAAAGACAGCCCAUAAUCUUACCAUCGACUAUAUUGGGAUCUGGAAUGAACGAAUGUACAACAUCACAUAUAUUAAGACCCUGAGGAAAUCUUUAGACAGUAAUGGUUUGCAGAGCACAAGAAUCAUUGCUGCGGACUAUUUCGGCUGGGACACCUUGUCUGAUGAAAUCAUAAAUGAUCCAGAAUUAUCAGCAGACAUCUAUGGAAUAGGUGUUCACUACCCUGGAACAGUCAGCUCCCUCAAGGCCCUAGAGUCAGGCAAACAGCUGUGGGCGUCGGAGGACUACAGCACCUACGAUGAUUUAGUUGGAGGAGGAUGCUGGGCAAGGCUCCUGAACCAGAAUUAUGUCAAUGGAUUUCUGACAAGUACAAUAUCCUGGGCCUUGUUAGCAAGCUGGUAUGAAGGUCUGCCCUACUAUGGAGACGGUCUGAUGACAGCUGUAGAGCCAUGGAGCGGACACUAUGAUCUGUCCAGUCCACUCUGGCUGACAGCACACACAACUCAGUUCACCAGUGUUGGAUGGAGGUAUCUGAGUCAUGGCUGGGGGGUGGGGCACCUUGCAGGUGGGGGGAGCUAUGUUGCCCUGGUCAGCCCUGAUGGGAAGGACUUCACCAUUGUCAUAGAAACCAUGAGCCACAACCACUCUGUGUGCAUCAGACCAGCUUUAAAACCAUACACUGUGGUCCCGCAAGAUGUUAAAUUUGUCUUCAAUGGGAGUUUUUCGGGUAUAAGGAAGUUAUAUCCAUGGUUUUCUCAGCUAAAUUUCACGGGAGAGUCUACAUUAUUCCAGCAGCAAAUGCCCGUUCCAGUGAUUGAUGGUCAGAUAAGGUUUAAACUGGGUGUAGAUCAGGUUCUUACCCUGACCACAGUUACUUCGGGAAACCGGGGACAGUAUACUCCCCCUCCACCGUCCAAACCAUUCCCGCUUCCAUACUCUGUCAACUUUGAAGACACCAGUGUGUACCAGGCCCCAGGUGUGUUUGCCCAGCAGAUAGGAUCGUUUGAGGUGGCAGAUGUAGGGGGCACACAUGGCCAUGUGUUGAGGCAGAUGACUCGACAGAAACCUGUAGCCUGGUGUCCUGCUGACUCUAUAGGCAUGGGGUUCACCAUCCUUGGCAGCCCCCAAUGGAAGGACAUCUAUGUACAAGCAGACAUCCAGGCCCCAAACAACAGUAAUGUCAGUUCCAUCUUCAUAGCAGCACGUGUCAGUCAGGAAGGGUGUCAGUCUAACACGGCCAAAGGAGUCUUCCUGUCAAUCAACCCUCAAGAGAAGGAGUAUAUCCUGUCAAGCUCUAUCACUGUUCUUGGCAUUUUGACUCAAGGAAAACUUGAAAACCUUAACAAAGACUGGAAUACAGUGUCUCUCCUGGCUAUGGGUAACAGUGCAGUGGGAUCUCUGAAUGGGGAGUUGAUCUUCAACUACACCACCUUGCCAACCUCAGUGAAGUCUGGAUUUGUUGCCAUGGGAACAGGAUCUCUAGACUAUGGGGACUUUGAUAAUGUGAAGAUUGCCAGUGCCAGAGAUGGGCUACACUACAUGAAGAACAGGAAACAAAAUUUAAGAUAACCAGUAUUAUGGAUGUUUUAAGUCAACUAUAACAUAAUUGUAUUUUGAUGUUUUAUAUUGUUAAGAAUGACUGUGAUGUUGAAGUCAUAAUAAUUACUUGUAAAUUAUCACCAUACAUUCCACAUAUUUGUUUUGCAUGAGAAUUUAUCACCAAUUGCUCAUAGACGUCUUCCAGGAAGCCAAGAUAUUCAUCUUGGCAAGUUUUGUACAUAUGUUUGCAAAUAUUUUUCUAAAAUGAUGAAAAGUAUAUGUAUAUACUGAAAACUCAGUAUACACCAGUCACAACCUGAAACCACGUACAUGUAUACUGAAAGUCAUACAUGUAUUUGUAGCUAUACUUAACUUGGACUUACAGUUUAUGGUCAUUGACUGUAUGUUGCUAAAAUCACCAAGCAGUCAUCACACAAUUGCCCCUUACAAAAUGAUAGAACCAUGAAAACGGUCCUCACUUCCCUAGUCACAGGAUGAAGCCCUGACAUGCUGUAUAGUCCUAAUAAAGUACUUUGUAACCUACAGCAUCAUGAUUAUCUAAUAAUGGAAAAAUCUUUGUAUUCUUAAUUUAAAUUUGAAAAUCAAAAUUAACAUUCUUGCUGCCUCAGUAGUACCUCAGCUACCUCAUACAAUUUCUCUUUGACAUAUGGAUGUGUGAAUGGGAAGAGGAACAUUUAAUACCUGAAUUGUCAUGUAUAAGGUGAGUGAGUUUAGUUUUGCGCCGCUUUUAGCAAUGUUACCGCAAUAUCACGGCAGAGUGACACCAGAAAUGGGCUUCACACAUUGUGCCCAUGUGGGGAAUACUACCUGUGUCUUCAGCGUGACGAGCGAACGCUUUAACCACUAGGUUACCCCAGCGCCCCUCAAUUACAAAAUGGUACAUUGUAGGACUGGCUAUUGAUGUCGAUCAUAGAGAUCAAUGAUCAUUAAUUGAAAAUCCAGUGAUUAUCAUUCAAUAUCGGAGAAGUAACUUCGAGUGAAAAUGUCCCCAAAAUCUGAAAUUUUCACAUCAGUGGUAAGUGGUGACAUAUUUCAACUUUGAUUACUAACAAAACACCUUCCUGAACAUAAUUUAGACCAAGCCCUAUGUUUUAAAGCUCCAACUUUGUGUAUAGUUGGAGUGAAUUAAAAUGUUAUUUCAUCACAAUUAAGUUUAUGUACGAUAUUAUCAAUGACACAAUAUUCAUAUCAAUAAUCAUUAAUACUUUUCCCAUCGACAAUAUUUCUGAUGAUUGUUCUUUUUAGCCAGCCCAAGUACAUUCUCCUUUCGGGCAGUUGGGUCUAACAGUCUGUUUUAGCCUGGCAUGUUAGCACCAUUCAUGAUCUCACACCUGAGCAAAUACUCCAAAAAAUUAAUCAUGACAUGAUCUGUUUUCUAGCUGAUAGCAGUAUGAACUGAAGAAGAACAAUUAUUCUUUAAUACUGUUUCAUUUGUCAGGAUCAGGUUAAUUAUAGGAAGUGUGAAAAAUUUCUGUUGGCCUUGGCAUUUAAAUUGGGGAAAAGUCCAAUAUUUUGAUAGAUUUUGUCAGAAGUUAAAAUGUUUGGAAUUCAGAGAAAUUGGCAUUGACAAGUUCUUUCCAGUGAAACAAUCUAAAACAAGCAUUAUAUCUGAAUGUUUUGUUAUCAGUGAACUAUAGUUGAACUUUACAAAGUGAUAACAUUAAUUAUAGACACUAUGGUAGCUUAAUUUGAAUCAGAAGUUGUUGUAUAUUUAAUUCCACUUCUAGAAUUUCAAGUGGACUUUGAGCCUGACCUCGUAUCAGUUUUUAGGUAAACCCUGGAAAGUAAAGUUAGUUGAGAUGUUAAACAAAACAAGAGAAGUGUGACAAUGGGCAAGUAAGUAGUGAAAUACACAGGAAUGGUGUAUGUUUCUUGUUUGUAUUAGAGAGUUUCAUUUGAAAGGUGUCGGGUUAUCAAAGGGUAUACUGAGGGAAAUAAUAAAUAAGGUAACACAAUUUCAUUGCGAUGUUCUGUUAUUAAGUCCUUGUUUUGAAAAAUUUGGAGGAUAGAGGGAUCAGCAUGGAUAUCUGUCUGUCUCUUUUCCAUUUCAAAACUAUUAAGUGUUACAUAUUUCUGGAUGAAACAUCCUGUACAGAUCAGUCUGUCCCGUGGUGAAGUGGUGCCUUUAGAUGAUUUGGGCUAUCUAUCAUUUUUCACUUGUCAAUUUUCUUUAUGAGGAUAAAUUUGACUUCACUACAAUUGAACAUUUUGCCUCGUUUUAGCAGUGCAUGAAAUAAGCCCCAAACCCAGCAAGACAUCAGGGCUGGUAACUUCAAAAUGUUACCAGUGCAAAAUGGAUUUAAC